AUGUCUCUCCGCCCCUGUCUUCGCAGCCGGUUUCUUCGGCGAGCAGGCUUCAUAUCGAGAAGCUAUGCCGUUCAAACUCCUGGGAACCCGACGCUAGAGGUUUUUAACAGAAGGGCUAAGCUAUUACAAAAGGAUAGAGCGGCAGAGAAUGUUGAGGAGAGCAGAAAGGUUGACUAUUUGAAAGAUGAAGUUGCGCUGCGGUUGACAGACAGGCUGUUGGAUAUCAAAAGACAUUUUCCAAAUGUCCUUGAUCUAGGUGCAAAUAGCUGCAACAUAGCUCGAGCAUUAACCUCUACUCCAAUAUCAAGCGGCGAUGGCGCAAAUCCAGGAGAUGGCGUCUCCAUAGCAAACCGAGUGUCGAAAAUAACUUGCAUUGAUGAAUCUCGAAAUCUCCUCUACCGAGACGAAUCUCUCCCAUUUAACACUCAAAUUUCAAUCACUCGCGAGGUGGUCCCAAACCUCGAAAAUCUUCCCUAUGAACCGAACACAUUCGAUGCUGUCCUUUCGUCCCUCUCAAUGCACUGGAUAAAUGACCUGCCAUCUCUUUUGGCACAGGUGAACUCUAUAUUAAAGCCAGAUAGCCCGUUUAUUGCAGUGAUGUUCGGAGGUGACACGCUAUUCGAGCUGCGCACGUCCUUGCAAAUAGCAGACCUUGAACGCAGGGGAGGUGUAAGCCCCCAUGUGUCUCCACUCGCUGAUGUACGUGAUAUCGGUGGGCUAUUGACAAAAGCCGGGUUCAAACUGCUCACAGUUGACGUGGAAGAUAUCGUGGUGGAAUACCCUGAUACCUUUGCUCUGAUGGCAGAUCUUCAGGCAAUGGGAGAGAAUAAUGCAAUCUUAAGAAGAGAAGCCGGGCCAAUAUCCAGAGAUGUUUUAUUAGCGAAUGAGGCGAUAUAUAGAAGUCUGCAUACAGAAGAUGGUGCGGAUAGUAUACCUGCUACUUUCCGGCUGAUAUAUAUGAUAGGGUGGAAAGAAGGGGAGGGACAGUCGAAGCCAUUGGAGAGAGGCAGUGGGCAAGUUAACCUAAAGGACAUUAUUGGGUCUGAAUAG